AGGCAGGAGAUCUGAGACAUAAGCUCUAGCUACCUGCAGUCUGACGCUAGCUAUCAAGCUAUCUGUUGUGCUGCAUAGGAGUACGACGUGGUAGCUAGCCAUGGUGAAGAAAGUGGCCGUGCUGGCGACGUUGCUGGCCCUCAACCUCCUUUUGUUUGGCUUCGCGGACGCAUGCAGAUAUGAUGGGGGUGGGAGCGGAGGCACCGGAGGGAGCGGUGGGAGCGGCACUGGCGGAGGUGGUAGUGGCAGUGGCGGCACCGGUGGAGGCGGCAGCGGAGGAGGUGGAAGCGGUGGAGGCGGCAGUGGAGGGGGUGGGAGCGGAGGCGCCGGAGGGAGCAGUGGGGGCGGCAGCAUUGGAGGUCGUAGUGGCGGACGUGGCAGCGGUGGAGGUGGAAGUGGAGCAGGUGGCAGCGGUGGAGGUGGCAGUGGAGCAGGUGGGAAUGGAGGAGGAGUGGGUGGGAGCGGUGGAGGCGGCAACGGAAGUGGUGGUAGCGGCAGCGGAGGUGGUGGUAGCGGAAGCGGAGGCGGCGGGGCACUCGAGCGUUGCCCCAUGGACACACUGAAGUUAGGCGUGUGCGCCAACGUGCUGAAUGGGCUGAUCAACGUGACCCUGGGGACGCCGCCCAAGAUGCCAUGCUGCACACUGAUCCAAGGGCUGGCAGACCUAGAGGCGGCGGUGUGCCUCUGCACGGCGCUCAGGGCCAACAUCCUGGGGAUUAACCUCAAUCUGCCCAUCAACCUCAGCCUCCUCGUCAACUACUGCGGCAAGGACGUCCCCUCGGGCUUCCAGUGCUCCUGAAGAGCCAUGAUCCAUCCAAUCAUGUCUCUCCAUCCAUCGUCGCCUCCUUCGAUUCCUCCGUCAUCGUCGAUCCAUGCACGCACGCUGUGCACCCGGCAGUGCUAAAUAAUAAUGAUGAUUUCUUUGCAAGAUGUACAAGCUACUCGUAGUAGACAUCAAUGUUCGUCCAUUGCUUCAAUUUGUUUUGUUUUGCUUUGCUUUGAUUGCUUUGGGUGUGUUUUUUCAUGAAUCUAACAUCAUGCAUGCAUACAUGCAGCGUGUCCACAAUGCUUCCUGUUAAGUUUGUCAUGGAUGGGAUCGAUGGUUGAUCGUGUCGAGAGGCCUUGCUGGACCUGACACGACGAUGAUCUCCAGCUGAAAAUAUAAAUACCAUUAUUACA